GGCGGCGGCGCUGCGGGAACUUCGGCGGCGGCGGUGCUAAUGGCUGCGCGCGGUCCGCGGUGAGCGCAGGCGGAGAGCGACGGGCGCGGGGCCGCGGAGCAGCGAGAGGGAGCGCGCGCGCGGCCGGACCCAGCCAGGCCCGGCCCGACCCGCCGAGCCCGCGAUGCGCCCCGGGGCCGUCUCCCGGCGCAGCUGACGCCGCGGCCGCGGAGACCCCGGCCGGCCAGGCCGCGAUGGCGGGGAAGGCGGCCGCCCCGGGCACCGCGGUGCUGCUGGUCACGGCCAACGUGGGCUCGCUCUUCGACGACCCAGAAAACCUGCAGAAGAACUGGCUUCGGGAAUUUUAUCAGAUCGUCCACACACACAGGCCGCACUUCAUGGCCCUGCACUGCCAGGAGUUCGGGGGGAAGAACUACGAGGCCUCCAUGUCCCACGUGGACAAGUUCGUCAAAGAACUACUGUCCAGUGAUGCAAUGAAAGAAUACAACAGGGCUCGAGUCUACCUGGAUGAGAACUACAAAUCCCAGGAGCAUUUUACAGCACUAGGAAGCUUUUAUUUUCUGCACGAAUCCUUAAAAAACAUCUACCAAUUUGACUUUAAAGCUAAGAAGUAUAAAAAGGUCACUGGCAAAGAGAUCUACUCGGACACGUUGGAGAGCACACCCAUGCUCGAAAAAGAGAAGUUUCCGCAGGACUAUUUCCCCGAGUGCAAGUGGUCCAGAAAAGGCUUUGUCCGGACAAGAUGGUGUGUCGCGGACUGCGCCUUCGACCUGGUGAACAUCCACCUGUUCCACGACGCUUCCAAUCUGGUUGCAUGGGAGACAAGCCCGUCCGUGUACUCGGGGAUCCGGCACAAGGCGCUGGGCUACGUGCUCGACAGAAUCAUCGACCAGCGAUUCGAGAAGGUGUCCUACUUCGUCUUCGGCGAUUUCAACUUCCGACUGGACUCCAAGUCCGUGGUGGAGACUCUCUGCACAAAGGCCACGAUGCAGACGGUCCGUGCUGCCGACACCAAUGAAGUCGUGAAGCUGAUAUUCCGCGAGUCAGACAAUGACCGGAAGGUUAUGCUCCAGCUGGAAAAGAAGCUCUUUGACUACUCCCACCAGGAGGUCUUCCGAGACAACAACGGCACCGCGCUCUUAGAAUUUGACAAAGAGCUGUCUGUCUUUAAGGACAGACUGUAUGAACUGGACAUCUCGUUCCCUCCCAGCUACCCGUACAGCGAGGACUGCAGCCAGGGCCAGCAGUACAUGAACACCCGGUGCCCCGCGUGGUGCGACCGUGUCCUCAUGUCCCCCUCCGCCAAGGAGCUGAUUCUGAGGUCGGAGAGCGAGGAGAAGGUCGUCACCUACGACCACAUCGGGCCCAGCGUCUGCAUGGGAGACCACAAGCCCGUGUUCCUGGCCUUCCGAAUCGCGCCCGGGGCAGGUAAACCUCACGCACAUGUGCACAAGUGUUGUGUCGUGCAGUGACGCGGUGGGCGGGGACGCCCGCGACACAGGAGGACCCUCCGCGAGACCUCCCUGUAGCAGAGCAGCACACGGAAGUCGCAGACUAUUGGAAUCCACACUCUCAACAGCUGCAUCGAGAACCCGCCCGAGCGCCACCCGCUAGACGGCCGGCCCCACACUUCGCUUCAGCCUCCGGCCCGUUCCGGAACAGCCUCACAUACCUCACUGUCUCGUCUGUUCAUGUGACAUUAAGUAGAAAUAUUGGGUUUUUUAAUAAGUCACAGUCCUGUUGCCAAAACUCUAAUAGACAGCAAAGAGAUUCUGUAUUUUAGACUUCACAGUUUUCAAUUUUUAAUAAUUGUCAGCCUGGAGGAGCUUCUCUGUGUAGAAACCCCACAGGUGUCCAGCGUCCCCCCUGCCAGCUGGAGGCGUGCCGGGCAGGGUGGCGGCCGGCCUCUUUGCUGACUCAGGCAGCGUGGCCACGCCGGCAGAGCGAGGGGCCCCUCCUCGUCACUGGGAUGGCUCCCCUUCCUUAGUUACUGUACUGCCAUGUCACAUGGUCUUUGAAUCACACUGCAGCUGCUUUCCAUUUUUAUAUAUAUAAAUAUAUAUAAAUAUAUACUUUUUAAGAAUAAUUUAUAAAUCUUACCAAAACUUAUGCUAAAUAUACUUUCCAGUGCGAUUGCCCGUGCGCGUCCUGUCAGCAGGUGGGAGUGGCGUCGGAGCUGCGUGUCGUCCACAGACCUGUGCACACGAGGAGACCCAGCGUGCCGUCCUGGGGGACCGACCGCAGCCAGCGCGCGAGCCCGGGACCCCUGCCUCCCCUCUGUCACGUUAUGAACUGAAUGUGAAGCUGAUAGCUAGCUCGGGUGUACCUUUUAAGAAUUUUGUAAACUGUUUUGUCUGUCUUUUGUUACUGUUCUAUGGUGCCAAGUAUUCUACAUAAAACAAUAAUAUCCUGGGAGAAAUAAAGUAGCCUAGUCUGCUUCCGAUAGAAACUGCUUUUAACAUGGGCUGUAUAUAAAACUAUUAAGAGAAACAAAACUGUAAAUGUCCUUGGUUGCCAGCUGCAAACAACCUAUGUCAUAGCCUCGCUGCAGCCUCCCCUCUCAGCACUAAGGACGGCGUUGAAAGGCCAUGGCAGAGCCUGCGAAUGAAACACAACCUAUGUUUAUUGAUUCGCUUUAGAACACUACAGGAGUCCUGGACGGGCGAGGCCUCGGCCGGGCGUGUAUUGGAUAAAGCACUACCACUGCAGGUGUCGGUGUCCACUUGCCGGAUCUGUGUUCUUGACAGCUUGAUGGGGUCCGUGUCCGUGCUCUGGUCACUGCUCUGUCCACGGGCCGCACGGCAGUCUGCCCCACGGCGAUUCUGUUUAACGGGGUUUCAGCUGUCGCUCACUGUGGAGGCCUUGAGAAAGGACUGCUCCGGUUCCUAAGCAAUAAAAUUGAUGGUGGUGAAGACA